CCUCAGCCUGUUUGCCUGCAGCAGUUGCGCGAUAUCUGCGUCGAUGGGUCACAUUGAACGUGCGGCGCAGCUGCUGCGCACGUGUGACGGGGUCCUGAUCAUGGCCGGAGCAGGGAUGGGCGUCGACUCAGGUACUCAGAUUCACUCAUUUGAAGAAAAGAUGAUUCUCACACAGACGACGGGAGGUGGCUUGGAUGGAUGGGUGUGUGUCGUUUCUGCCUGUCGUGACCUGACCCAGGUUUGCCUGAUUUCCGUGGGCCGGAAGGCUUUUGGCGUGCCUAUCCGCCGUUCCGGUCGCUGGGUCUGCAUCUGGAGGACAUGUCCAAUCCCCAGUGGUUCUAUCAGGACCCACCGCUCGCAUGGGGAUUCUUCGGACACAGGCAAGUGAAGUGGCGGGCGUGCACAUGCACCUCCCAUACAGCCAGCACACUGCCUGCCGUUGGUUGGGAUAUAUGAGCCAAUCGUGCAGCAAGUGGUCUGUGUGUCGGUCUGUGUGGUGCCGGGGUGGCCUGGCAGGUAUGGCCUCUACACCAAGGCGACGCCCCAUGACGGCUUUCGGAUACUGCUCGACAUCGGGCGGGCCAAGGAGAGGGCGCGAGAGGGCAACAAACCCUCUUUCUUCGUCUUUACAAGCAAUGUAACGACAGACAGACAGGCAGGCAGACAGACAACGCUGUGUGCGUGAGUGUGCGUGUGCGUGUGUAUGUGUGUCCUUGAUCAAAGGUGGAUGGUCAGUUCCAGCGUCAGGGGUUCGAGGAGGACCGCAUCGUCGAGUGAGUGAGUGAGUGAGUGAGUGAGUCGUGGAGAUGACCGCAGCCAACCGACAUCCAAACACACCACAUGUGAGGUGUACCUGGUUUGUUUCUUGGUUGUGUCUGUCAGGUGUCACGGGUCGAUCCACUUCAUGCAGUGCACCGACUGUCGUCUGCCGCAGUGCCGGGAGAUCUACCCCGCUGAAGACCUCGACAAGAUACAGGUCCGUGACUGCAGUGCACACACUCGCCUGGCGCGCGCGUGUGUGUGUGCGUUGACUGGUGGUUGGUUGGCCUCGUGUAUGUGUGUGCAGGUGGACGAGACCACGAUGCGUGCCUCCUCUGUGCCGCAGUGCCGUGGCUGCGGCACAAACGUCGCCAGACCGGUACACGACUGAGUGAGUGAGUGAGGGAGUGGAUCAAAACCAGAGACUCACACGUGGGGUGUGGUGUCUGCCUGUCGGCGGCUCUGUCAGAACAUCUUGAUGUUUGGUGACUACGGGUGGCUGAGCGAACGGACAGACGUAUGUGCGCAGCCAACACACACACACACACACACACAGAGAGAGAGAGAGAUGCAGGCUCCCCCCACACAGCACCGUGUCCGUCUUUGCCAGGCUCAGUACGAGCGGUACGAGGCCUUUCUUGCCGCACAGAAAGGUACACACACGAGAGAAGAAGCCACGUACUCUACUCGCACACAGAGGCGUGUGCUGUCUGUCCUGCUGUGCCUGUCUGUCUGUGUGUAGGUUCGAAGCUGGCCGUAGUUGAGUUCGGUGCGGGCCUGCAUGUGCCGACCGUGAGAAGGCAGAGUGAGUGAGCUAGGGACACCAAACCACUCUGAUGUGUCAACUGGCCUGUGUAAAUGUAAUGUGUGUGCGUCAGGCGAGUACAUAGUCUCCCGCGGCCGGUCGACGGGCGAGUACGAGGCAUCGCUCGUACGCGUCAACCCACGAGAAUCGCAGACACCAAAGGGGUGAGGGACAGCACACAAACAGCCAUAACACAACCAACACACUAGCGGGUGUGCUCCAUCUAUGUAUGCUGUUCUCUCUCUCUGUGUUCAGCGAUGAGUACCUGGGAGUCGACAUCGGGGCUCUCGAGUUCAUGAAGUCCGUCGAACCACACCUGCAAGACGUCCUCACUGCGAGCAGCGGCGGGUCAGUCUACACAUAUGACUAGACAGACAGACAGACAGACAGCCAGGCAGCAUCUCUCGAGAGCCAUGCGGGCAAUUGCCUACCCUCAUCGGUUCCAACGGGGUGCGAUACGGCGAGCUGCGGCCCAUGACUGCAACAGGGCGUGCAGCACCCCCACCUGACCGACAGCCCCACCGUACCUAUGGGGCUCAUCGGCCACACACGGGGGAAACACAUCCAGUCCACGAAUGUGUGUGUGUCGUGUCAUGCCUGUCAUGUAUUGUAUGCGAGUGUUCGUUUGGCUAUACAUACCGCUGGCUUGGCUGACUAAUCGUUCGUGUGUGUUUGUGUGUGUGUAUGUGUGUGUGUGUUUGCAGGUGAUGUGAGCGGCCUGAGAGAGAGAAAGCUUGUUUUGUCAAUGUGCUUCUUGUCCGUUGGUCGGACUUGCCACCUGCCUUGCCGGCUGCCUUGCCUGCCUGUCGGUAUCUAUCGUAUCGCUGUCGUGCCUGCCUGCCUGUCUGCCUGCCUGCCUGCCGGUGUCCUCAUUUCCCGAGGUGUGUGAGAUGUGUGGUUGUUGAGUCCACUGCUCUGUAAGAGUGCCACUGCCACGUGUCGGCAUCGAUUUGGUGAAUGAGAUCAUGUUUGUCACUUGAGAGAAGGAAGAAGAAAAGUAGACAGACAGAUGUGCAAGUAAGUGCAUGCAUGGAUCUGUGGGACUUACACCAUUCCAUCACCACAUAGGACAUUCCGAGUAAGGGGCACCCACUGUGUGGGCACCCCGGGCCGCGAAUUGGGCGGGGAUCGAAAGCAGCGUGCGAAGUGGCGG